AUGGAGCGGUACCACCCCUCCGAGGUGUACGAGCUCUUCGUGCGCCACAUGAACACCCCGAGGGUGGUGGUGGACAACGGCGUGUGCGCGACGGCGACGCUGGUGCAGGUGCACAGCGCGAGGAAGCACGGCGUGCUGCUCGAGGCGGUGGCGGCCCUGUCCGACCACGGCGUCUGCGUCCGCAAAGGCUACAUCUCCUCCGACGACGGCCGCUGGUUCAUGGACGUCUUCCACGUCACCGACGCCGCGGGCCGCAAGGUGGCCGACGCCGACGCCGACGCCCUGCUGGCGCGGCUCGAGUCCUCGCUCUCCGCCGACGCAUUGCCGCCCCGCACGCCGCCCUCCGCCGCCGUGGGGGCUGGGAUGCCCACCCUGCUCGAGCUCGUCGGCGCCGACCGCCCGGGCCUCCUCUCCGAGGUCUUCGCCGUGCUGCGCGACCUCCGCUGCGACGUCGCCGACGCCAGGGCCUGGACGCACGGCGGCCGCGUCGCCGCGCUCGUGUUCGUGCGCGACGAGGAGACGGGCGCGCCCAUCGACGACGCGGCGCGGGUCAGGCGCGUCGAGUCCAGGCUCAGGCACGUCCUCCGCGGCGGCGCGCUCGGCGCGAGGAUGGUCCGGGCAGACGCCGCGGCCGUCAACAUGGACCGGAGGCUCCACCAGCUCCUCAACGACGACGGGGAGGCCGAGAGCCGCGCCGACCAGGCGGAGGAGACGGCGGUCGCCGUGCAGGAUUGGGGGGAGAGGGGGUACUCGGUGGUCACCGUGAGCUGCCGUGACCGGCCCAAGCUGCUCUUCGACGUCGUCUGCACCUUGACGGACUUGGAUUACGUGGUGUACCACGGCACGUUCGAUACGGACGGCGAUCACGCCCAGCAGGAGUUCUACAUCAGGCGGUUGGACGGGCGGCCAAUUAGCUCGGCGGCCGAGAGGCGGCGCGUGAUCCAAUGCUUGCAAGCGGCCAUCGAGAGGCGCGCAUCCGAGAACAGCCUCUCGGUCACGCACGCCGAGAUCACCACCAGGGGCGACAUGGCCAUGAACGUGUUCCACGUCACCGACGCGGCCGGCCGACCCGCGGACCCCAAGACCAUCGACGAGGUGAUCCAGAGGAUCGGCACGGAGAGCCUCCGGGUGGACGAGGAGCGGUGGCCGCGCCUGUGCUCGACGGAGGGCGACGCGGGCCGCGGCGGCGGCGGUGCGGGGAUCUUCUCGCUCGGGAGCCUUGUGAAGAAGAACCUGGCCAGCCUCGGCCUCAUAAGAUCCUACUCGUGA